AUGGAAGUCGGCCAGUAUCCUGCGGCUCCACCACCUGGAUCCUCAGGCUUAGCCGCUCACCCACCAGCAUCAACUUCUUCAGCAGCUGCUCCAGCCAUAAGAGCUCCAAUUCCAUCUUCGCUGAGUUCAGUGCCAACAGUCGUGGAUGCGGAUGUCGAAUCCAACGCGACCACUAUGCCACCCCGCCGAGGUGCUGCUUUUAUUCCAGGUUUCCGCUCCAGACCUCCCAUUCGCACCUUCAUCCGUGAGAACUGGCUCGACAUCCUCACGCCAAUAUUGUGUGCCCUGGCAUCUCUGCUCAUCUACCUUCUUGUCCCGCCGAUCCUCCCCCGCUACUUUCCUCUCUACCCGGGCAUCGAGACGAGUGCUUGGGGCCGGCGGUAUGGUCAGCCUCUGAGACGGGAGUACAUCACCACAUUGACAAGUGCUCUCGUGAGCUAUCUGAUUCCGGCGGCGAUCAUGGGAGCGAUUGCGCUUUGGAGUACGCGGGACUUUCGUGAUGGAAAUGCUGCGCUCAUUGGACUAGGCUACGCUCUCGCGACCGCCGCACUCUUCACCUCUAUAAUCAAAGUCUUUAUCGGCGGCCUACGUCCCCACUUCCUCAACGUCUGCCGUCCGUCUAUACCUGGUGAACUGACGUUCUACCAAGCCAGCCGGCUGUGCGGGGACUCGCGUGCAAUGAGAGAAGCUCAGAUGAGCUUUCCCUCUGGACACGCGGUUGCUGCUUUCGCUGGCUUUGGCUUCCUUGCUUUGUACAUCAACGCCAAGUUCAAGGUGUUUGGUCACGGACGCAGAAGUGGUCUGCGUGACAAUGCUGCGGCGGCGGACACAAUUCUAGAUAGAAACAUUACUCCGACAGCACCAGGUACUGGACCUGGUGCUCCUGCGGCCGUUAAAGAGAAACGUAGUACGGCCGCCGCCGCCGCCGCCGCCGCCGCGAUUCCAGAUACCAGCAUUUCAGACUCAACAGUAUCCAAGACCGGCCGGAUACAGCACUGGAAACUCAUCCUCUUCUCUUUGCCUUGGUUGAUAGCCACAGUACUAGCUCUCAGCAAGGUCAGGGAUGGAUAG